GGUUGCCUGGGAGAUGACCCCUUUCGGUCUCUGAGUCUCCGCUGUAGCGUCGCUUCUAAGGCAGAUCUAACAGAUCCUGGACUGUCUCCUGCCAUGAUUCCCGGGAAAUACCGCUCUGUUUCUGGCCGGGCUGCGAACAACGUGAUGGGCUGUGUUAUUGGGAUCAGGACCGCUGAAUCUCCUCAAGCUAUUGUCUGACCGAGGCUUGAGAUUCGUGGACUGGACCAAGGCUCUUGGAGGGUGAACUGUGGGCUUCAUCUGGUUAUUCAGACAUCAUCGCUUCCUGAAAAAAGCAAAGUUGAAUUCAAGCUAAAUAAAGAAACACCAUCAUUCCCUGGUCGACUCUUACAACAUGACCUUGAAAGAAACUACUCAAGUAGGCAAGGAGACGGAAGAGUAAUAAGCCCUUCGCCUCGUAAUAAAUCAUCAUGCAUCUCGUCCACAACAAACGUGACAGAUCUAUGUGGGCUGGAAAUGAAAACUACCAUGAGCUCCUUAUCAGCAUUUGGAGAUUCUUCCUUUCAGACACCUUCAAAGUCCAGAACCCGGCAGGGCUGUCAUAGUGCUGGCCCAAACGUAUCUGGUGAUCAUAUUAAUCUCGCGAGCUCAUCAAUGCCAUCAUUUCCCAUUCUCCAACGUUCUUCUGAAGAGAAAAUUCUUUACUCAGACAGGUUGACCCUAGAAAGGCAAAAGCUGACUGUGUGUCCUAUCAUUGAUGGAGAAGAACACCUUCGUUUGUUGAACUUUCAACACAAUUUUAUAACUCGGAUCCAAAAUAUUUCUAAUCUACAGAGGCUAAUAUUCUUGGAUUUAUAUGAUAACCAAAUUGAAGAAAUCAGUGGGCUUUCUACUCUGAGAUCCCUCCGUGUCCUUCUGCUGGGAAAAAACAGAAUCAAGAAAAUCUCAAAUCUGGAGAACCUUAAAAGCUUAGAUGUCUUGGACCUUCAUGGAAAUCAGAUUACCAGAAUCGAAAAUGUUAGUCAUUUGUGUGAUUUGAGAGUUUUAAAUCUUGCUAGGAACCUUUUAAGUCACGUUGAUAAUCUUAAUGGGCUGGAUUCACUAACUGAACUUAACCUGCGACACAAUCAGAUCACUUUUGUGAGAGAUGUGGAUAAUUUGCCCAGCCUCCAACGUCUGUUUCUCAGCUUCAACAAUAUAUCUACUUUUGAAAGUGUUUGCUGUCUUGCUGACUCUUCUUCUCUCUCAGACAUCACUUUUGAUGGCAAUCCAAUAGCUCAAGAGUCAUGGUACAAACACACUAUCCUUCAGAAUAUGAUGCAGCUGCGCCAGCUAGAUAUGAAGAGAGUUACGGAAGAAGAAAGGCGUAUGGCAUCUGUUGUAGCCAAAAAAGAGGAAGAGAAGAAGCGGGAAAGUCAUAAACAAUCCUUGCUGAAGGAGAAGAAAAGGUUAACAAUUAACAACGUAGCUCGAAAGUGGGACUUGCAACAGCAUCGAACACCCAACAUUGCUACAAAUCAAGAUACAAAAGUUUCUGACUCUCCUUCUCAGGACCCCUCUCAGCUCCAUGGAAGCGCCGUCGUCUCUGCAUUUCCAGAGGAAACAGGGUCUCUGGACUCAGGACUUACCAGCGCUUUACAAGGUUUAUCUGUCACAGACACACACCUUGUUGAAGUGGACGGGGACACACUUUCCCUCUAUGGCUCAGGAGCACUGGAGUCUCUAGAUCGGAAUUGGAGUGUUCAAACGGCAGGAAUGGUGACAACCGUGUCCUUCACUUUCAUAGAAUUUGAUGAAAUCGUCCAAGUGCUUCCAAAAUUGAAGAUGAAGUUUCCUAAUUCUCUGCACCUUAAAUUCAAGGAAACAAAUCUUGUAAUGCUGCAGCAAUUUAAUGCACUAGCUCAACUCCGCCGCGUCGACCAGUUGACAAUUGAUCCUCAAGGAAAUCCAGUUGUCAAUUUUACACUCUGGAAAUACUAUGUACUGUUUAGGCUGAGCCAUUUUAGUAUGCAGAAAAUAAACGGGACAGAGGUGACGCAGAAUGAUAUGAUCAUGGCUGAAAGGCUCUUUGGAAUCCUAGCCCAUGUAGCAUCUUCCGAGUUACCCCAGUACCGUCUGAUUUCAAUUCUGGGUGAUGCCAGAAAGAAGCAAUUCCGGUAUCUGCUAGAAACCAAAGGGAAAAAACCAGGUCUUGUCAAUGAAGAAAAUAACGAUAGCAAAAGACUUGUAGGAGAAAACACGAACCGUGCUACGCUAAAUUAUACCACAAGAGACUUUUAUAACGAACGGCUAGAGGAAAUAAAGGAAAAAAAGAAAUUCUGCAAGAUGUAUAUGGAGGACCUUGUGAAGGAAGCCACGGACAUCAACAUGAAGAACGAGGCUCUGCAGAAGCUCUGGCCGCAGAUGUUCAUCGAGCUUGUUAGGGACGCAGUCAUAGAAAUCCGCAAUAAAAACUCCUAUAUGAAGCUUUGCCUACAGCAGAUAACUGACCAAAAAUAGAAAUGGCUUGUAGUUCCAGUUGAUUUUAGCAGCUCUGUGUUUUUGAAGGUUGAAAAUAAGUAGGUUAAACAUGUUAAAACGACACUGUGCUGCAAACUACAAAGACUAGCAUCAAAGCAUUAUUGCCUACUGUUCUCGUAGCUGAAGGUUAGGAAGGAAGGAAGGAGAGAGAGAGAGCGAAAGAGGAUUAGCUUCAUGUGUAAGCUGACCAAGCCACCUUUGGGAACUAGGCAGUCUCUAGAGAUAGCUGGGCCUUGAGUUGGCACUGCGUCUGCGGUUCUUGCUUCGACCGGUGCCCCUGCUCUAGCCCAGAGCACGCAGCGUGCUCGCUCCUGCUUCGGCAUCGGUUGCUUCUACCUACCCGCAGCUGAUAGUUUCCAGUUAUUUGCCUUUUUAUUUUAUGUCAUGAUUUCAAAGCCAAAAAUAUGUUCUUUUUUAUGAGUGAAGAAUAAACUUACUAAUAAAUUAGUAAAAAAAAAAAAUCGUCUGUUUGCGUCCUUCCUCCAGUCAGAAUUGUCAUAUUUAUUUUAUGUUCCUUUUGAGCUGAGUAGGAGCCCUUCUCUUCACUUAUGUAGGAGGAGGCGCCAUUCCAGGGAUGCGUCCUCAGGGCACCACCGGGACUCAUGGGCUCACUGUGGGCAGAAAAUAUGAAAAUGAGUACAACGGGGGCAGGAAGAAAAUGCUCUGUCUGAAUGAAUCCCAAGCCAAUGUAAAAUGCAGUGACAAAUCAGUAAGUCUGCUUCUCUGAAAGGUGUUUCUUUCUGUUGCUAGCCACUCUGGGGGCUCUUUUUUUCUGGUAGGCCUGGGUACCUGUACCUCAGAAGUAUUAGAAAUUCAUGGGUGAAAGGUUCUAAUUUUUCUGAUUCCAUUUGAAGUCCCAACAGGUAACUAAGACGUAAGCAGGGGUUUGCCCGAGUUCAUGCUGGUGAGGAGGCUGUUGUGAGCCCAUUACCAUAGCUGGAGAUCAUACAACUUCAGCAAAACAACCUUACAGGUCAAUAAAUUGGAAUUCUCCAGUUCGCUCAGAUUUCGCCUGGCAGGACCACCAGAAUGUGGGAAAACAGCGGAAGUUACAGGAUGACAGAGAUACAGAUGUAUUCCAGAGUACAUACAGAAAUGCUUGGAAGGAAGCUAGACAUGAGUAGAGUGAUGAAAAAUUUGAGCCAUCCAACAUGAGCACAUGUUUCCAGCUAAUGUCAAGGAAGGUAACAUUCUCUUUUUGGUUGUCAUAAUGUAAACAAGUGUCCUUUUCAUGGCAUAGUUAGUGUCACCUUUGUUGCAUUAUUAUUUUUUUUGUUGGUAACUUUGUUAUUUAAAAUGGCCCCACGGAUCAUGCUGAACUGCUUUCUCAUGUUUCUAAGCACAAAAAGGUUGUGAUGUACCUUACAGGGAAAAUACAUGUGUCAGAUAAGCUUUGUUCAGGCAUAAGUUAUAAUGCUGUUGGCCAUGAGUUCAAUGUUAAUAAAUCAACAAUAUACAUUUUACAAGAUGUCUUCAAACAAGCAAAAGAACCCUAAAUAAAAUAAGGUUACAUAUUGAUUGAUUGACAAAAAUUUGCUUAGAGGCUCGCAGGAAUCUAACCCUCUAUUUUCCUUAGGAGAAAAUAACUAAUUUGCUAUUCCCAGCAACUUUGUAGAACAUAACUACAGUGAACAAUGAGAAUAUAUUAUAUUGACCUCAUAUGUAUGCUUUAUUAAUUCUGACAGUUUCUUUUGUGGAUUCCUUAGGAUUUUCCACAUGAAAAAGCACUUAGUCUACAAAUAUGAUGUUACAACUGCCUUUCCAGUCUUUAUACCCUUUUUUCUUUUUCUUGCUUUAUUGCACAGGCUAGUACUGUCAGUUCAAUGUUUAACAGAAAUGGUAAGAGUGUUUAUCAUUGUUCCUAAUCUUACAGUAAAAGUGUUCAAUAUUUCACCAUUAUAAGGUUAGCUGUGGGUUUAUAUAGAUUGCAUUUGUUAUACUGAGGAAAUUCCCUUUUAUUACAAGUUUUCUGAGAGUUUUUAUCAUGAAUAAAUAUUGACUUCUGUAUAAUAUUGUUCUGCAUCAACUGGCUCUUUUCCUUAUCAUAUGGCUCUUUUCCUUCAUUCUAUUCAUGUUAUUGAUUACAUUGAUCAAUUUCCUAAUGUUAAACCUACCUUGCAUUACUGGAAUAAUAGAAUUAUAUCCUUUAACAUACUAAUAGAUUUUAUUUGCUAGUAUUUGUUUAAAGGUAUUUGUGUCUAGGUUUAUUAAGGAUAUUGGUCUGUACUAUUUUUUCUGUUGUAUCUUUUUUCAGGUUUUGAUAUCAGGGCUAAGUUGUCCUAAUAAAACAAGGGGGAAAGUAUUCCCCUCUACUCUGUUUUUUCUGGGGGAGGGGGUGGGCACAGAGAAGAACCAUAUUCUUUGAAAUAUAUUCUAAAAUUCCUUGUGAUUUAUUCUUUGACCCCAGAGGUUAUUUAGAAGUGUGUUGUUUGGUUUCCAAGUAUGUGGCCCCAUUAUGUGAGUAAUAAACCUUUUCAUGUUUUGUUA